AAAAGAUCUGGAAAAUCUUGAUUACUUGGCAUACAAACGUCAGCAGACUGACAAGGCAGAGAGGAGCAAUGCCUUGAAUGUUGCCAUAGAUGCUAUGUGCAAGAAGACCAGAGACCUCCGCAGACAGCUCCGGAAAGCCAUUAUAGAUCACAUCUCAGACUCCUUCUUAGACACCACCGUUCCACUGCUAGUUCUCAUUGAAGCUGCUAAAAAUGGAAGAGAGAAAGAAAUAAAGGAAUAUGCUGCUAUAUUUCGAGAACAUACCAGCAGGCUUGUGGAGGUUGCCAAUCUUGCUUGUUCGUUGUCAACAAAUGAAGAUGGAACGAAGAUUGUCCAAAUGGCAGCUAAUCACAUUGAGACUUUGUGCCCACAGGUUAUUAAUGCUGCUUUAGCUCUUGCUGCCAGACCAAAAAGUCAAGUUGUGAAAAGCAACAUGGAGAUGUAUAGGAGUACGUGGGAGAAUCACAUCCGUGUUCUUACUGAAGCUGUGGAUGACAUAACAAGUAUUGAUGAUUUCCUUGCUGUAUCAGAGAGCCACAUCCUGGAGGACGUGAACCGCUGCAUCGUGGCGCUGCGGGAGCGGGACGCCGAGGGGCUGGAGCGCGCUGCGGGCGCGGUGCGCGGCCGCGCCGCCCGCCUGGCGCUGGCGGUGGCGGGGGACAUGGAGAGCUACGAGCCGGGAGCGUUCACCCGGCGCGUCACGGGCCUCGUGCGGCACCUCACCGGCGCGGUGAUUCCAGAGUUUAUUAAUCAAGUAAAUAUUGCAUUGGAGAGCUUAAGCAAGAGCACAGUGCAUCUGUUUGAUGACAACCAGUUUGUGGACAUUUCCAAGAAGGUGUAUGAUACCAUUCACAACAUCAGGUGCUCAGUCAUGAUGAUUCGGACGCCCGAGGAGCUGCAGGACGUGUCUGACCUGGAGGAGGAGCAGGACGCGCGCAGCCGGGCCAGCGAGCGGAGCGAGGGCAGGACGGACCGGGCCAAGAUGACUCAACUGCCAGAAGCUGAGAAGGAAAAGAUAGCUGAGCAAGUGGCUGACUUCAAAAAAGUCAAGAGUAAGCUUGAUGCAGAGAUUGAGAUCUGGGAUGAUACCAGCAAUGACAUAAUUGUUCUGGCCAAGAGGAUGUGUGUGAUUAUGAUGGAGAUGACUGACUUCACAAGGGGGAGAGGCCCACUGAAGCACACAUGUGAUGUCAUCAAUGCUGCCAAGAUGAUCUCGGAGUCGGGCUCACGCAUGGACGUGCUGGCACGGCUCAUUGCUGAGCAGUGCCCAGACCAGUCGUGCAAACAGGAUUUACUGGCUUACCUAGAACAGAUCAAGCUGUACUCCCAUCAGCUCAAGAUCUGCAGCCAGGUGAAAGCAGAAAUCCAGAAUCUGGGUGGAGAGCUCAUCAUGUCUGCACUGGACAGUGUCACUUCACUCAUUCAGGCUGCCAAAAAUUUAAUGAAUUCUGUGGUGCAGACAGUGAAGAUGUCCUACAUUGCAUCCACAAAGAUUAUCAAGAUUCAGAGUCCUACUGGCCCACGACAUCCAGUUGUGAUGUGGAGAAUGAAGGCUCCAGAGAAGAAGCCCCUGGUUAAAAGAGAGAAGCCAGAAGAAAUCUAUGCUGCUGUCAGAAAAGGUUCUGCAAAGAAGAGAAUCCAUCCUCUGCAAGUCAUGAGUGAAUUCAGAGGCAGAGAAGUAGUCUAAUAUUUUGUCACUGUGUCUUCCUAUCUUGAAUUUCCAAUGAUUUUUCCUCUUUUCCCCCACUUAUUUAAUAAUCCUAUAUGCCAACAUUUUGCUCUAGAUCUGUAAGAUAACCCUUGCCUAAAUGAUUGGAAAGCGCUGUUGGAUUAAUUAGAAGCAGGCAGUUGAACAGAGUGCUGCUCCUCCUGCAGUGCCAAGCUCUGGUGCCUGCACGCUGGGAGGGAGCCCUGGGCCAAGUGCCCAGAGCCCUCCUGCACUGCCCAGGCCUCGGGAGCUCCCUGCAGGGUGAGUGUCCCCUCUGCAGUGGCUCUGCUCUGUGACACAGGGUUGCACACUGCUGCUGCUGGCCAGGGGCUGCUCAGCUGAGCCAGGCUCUGCGCCCCAAACCUGCCUCCAGACUGAGCAUCCACACCUGUCCUUGGCCAAGACCAUGCCUGGGAAAUGUAAGCUUGAAAAGGUUUGGUGAAACACACACAGUGUUGGAACAACAGGGAUGCAAUCAUGUAAUAAAGAAGUGCAAGCCAGCAGGGGUGACAGCUCUUCAGAAGGAAACACCAACAGGAAUCUCUGUUCUGCUCCCUGCUCUCAUCCCUAAGUCCCAAUAAAUCUGCUGUUACAUUAACAAUAAAAACCUUUCCUAAUUGCUGCACCAAAGGAGAAACUUGAAAUAAAUCAUUAUCCUGAGACCAGUGGGUGAAAUACACCUAUCUUGACUCUUAGGAAUGGGGAGACUUUUCCAAAGCAGCUGAAGGGAAUGAGGUUACUUCUGACACGAGUCCUAAACGCGGGAUUGUGCUGCUGAGUGGCUGCACUCCAAGUGUGUAAUGAAGGUGAAUCCUGCUGGGCCAGACCUUUGCAAUGUACUUAAGAAAAAACAGGUUUUUUCUAAAUACUUUCAAAUCUGAAAUCCACUUGGACUGAUUUUUUUUGAAGGCUCUAACUUGCCUUUUUGCCACGUCAUGAGUUUUUCCCAGGCUCCAUUUGCUACUCAAGAUGUCUUUGCUUGGCUGCUCAGUAGCUCCUUUGGCACAGCCUGCUGCACUUGCCAGGGUAAAAGGGCUCCCUGAAAAGCAGAGCUGCUCUGUGUCUCUUCCAUUAUGGGAUGGCUCCACACUCUAGGCCACUGCUCCAGGUCAUGUAUUGCCAUGCUGGCACAGCAGGGCUGACCUAGCCCCGAGUGGGCAGCCAGAAUAACCCCGGGCUGUGCCUUUCCUCUGGGGGCUGCUCUGUAAGCUCAGGAUGCUGGGUCAGGCCAAUUUCUAGUCUGUUGGCUAUGAAACCCUGUGAAACUGUAAGUGCUAUGAAUUAAAACUUUAAUUUAAAUGUGAAUUAAAAAUUCUACAGACCAUUCUUCCACCCUCCCUAACGCUGCAAUCAGUUAAAUGGAACAAAGGGGAAGUCUGAAAGAAAAUCACCUUUUUCCAACUCCAGCUCCCUCCAGAAUGUUUGCAUCAAGAUGCUGCUCAUGUCUGCUGCCUUUGCUGCUCCUCCCAGGGCUCCAGAGGCAGCAGGGGAGCUGCACUGGGGUGUGAGUGCCCUGGAAGCCUCCUGCCUCCGGGUUCACCUUUGAUCCCGGUCACCUUGGUGUCAGUCAUUGUAACCAGUGCCUGGGUAUCACGCUGUCAGUAAACAGGCACACGCGCUCCGACAGGCUGCCCUUGGUGCUGAGGGAUUUUCCCUGAGUCUGAAGCUCCAUGAGC